AGUUGAUUCUUGGUGAUGAUGAAGGACACAACAAUAAUUUUGACAAAAUUACGAGAGCUAAUGCAACUAGUUCGAGUUCGAGACAUCAGUUGCAUUUCGGCUUAUAUUGUUCCUUCCGAUGACGCUCAUCAGAGUGAAUAUCAAUGUCAGCAUGACGAAAGACGCGCAUUUAUAUCCGGGUUCGACGGCUCAGCUGGAACAGCUGUUAUCACACGUAAUAGUGCUCUAUUAUGGACAGAUGGUCGAUAUUAUCAACAAGCUGAAAAACAACUCGACUCAAAUUGGAUACUGAUGAAAGAUGGUUUGACAACAACUCCUUCAUUAGGCGUAUGGCUCGCCCAAAAUCUUCCAAGAGGCAGUGCUGUUGGCGUGGAUCCCCGUUUAUUUUCUUUCCGGUUAUGGAAACCUAUAGAAAACGAAUUGAAUUCAUCAGAUUGUCAUUUGAUCCCAAUUGAAAAUAAUUUAAUUGAUGAAAUCUGGGGAGAGAAUCAGCCACCACAAACCUUUAAUUCUAUAAAAACUUUAAAAUUGGAGUAUGCCGGAGUCACAGUUGCGAAAAAAUGGGAUCUCGUUCGUGAAAAAAUGCAGGAAAAAAAAGCGGAUGCUCUAAUUGUUAGUGCUCUUGAUGAAAUUGCUUGGUUCUUAAACAUGCGGGGCUCGGAUAUAGACUUUAAUCCAGUUUUCUUUGCAUAUAUGAUUAUAACAAGGGAUCAGCUGUUAGCGUUCGUCGAUUCUGAAAAAUUGCCCACAGACUUUUCUAGCCAUCAAACCGAAAACGAAGUACAAAUAAAAGUUCUUCCCUAUUCGUCAAUAGGCCUGGAAAUAAGUCGCAUUGUGUCGACUAAGGGUACAAAAAUUUGGAUUUCUCCCACAAGCUCCUACUAUUUAACAGCGCUUAUUCCAAAAUCGCAACGUCUACAGGAGGUUACACCAAUUUGUUUAUUAAAAUCAAUUAAAAAUGAUGUGGAGAUUAAAGGAUUUGUGAAUAGCCACGUGCGGGAUGGUAUUGCAUUAUGUCAAUACUUUGCUUGGCUUGAAAACCAAUUAGACCAUGGUGAAAAAAUCGAUGAAAUAUCUGGAGCUGAUAAGCUAGAGUCUUUCCGCCGAACACAGGAUAAAUAUGUUGGCUUGAGCUUUCCGACAAUUAGUUCAUCAGGUCCCAAUGGCUCUAUUAUUCAUUAUCAUCCGACGAGUGAAACAAAGAGAAAUAUAACCCUUAAUGAUAUAUACUUAUGUGAUUCAGGCGCUCAAUACUUGGAUGGUACAACGGAUGUGACAAGAACUUUUCAUUUUGGCAUACCAACUGAGUUUCAAAAAGAAGUAUAUACCCGUGUCCUCAAAGGCCAAUUAACGUUUGGGUCUACAAUUUUUCCAGCAAAAGUUAAGGGGCAAGUUCUUGAUACCCUUGCUAGGAAAGCUCUUUGGGAUAUUGGCUUAGACUAUAGUCAUGGCACUGGUCACGGCGUGGGGCACUUCUUGAAUGUACAUGAAGGUCCUAUAGGCGUUGGGAUACGUCAUAUGCCUGAUGAUCCCGGUCUUCAAGAAAAUAUGUUUAUUUCGAAUGAGCCAGGGUUCUAUAAGGAUGGGGAAUUUGGAAUACGCAUUGAAGACAUUGUGCAAAUUGUUCCAGCACAAUCAACCUAUAAUUUUUCAGACCGUGGAGCCCUAACUUUUAAAACCAUUACUAUGUGCCCAAAACAAACUAAAAUGAUUAUUAAAGAACUCUUAACUGAUCUUGAGAUCCAUUUGAUAAACAGAUAUCAUCAACAAGUUUGGGAUAACCUUUCGCCGAUAUUGUCCCAACAAGGCGACUCUUUUACUUUAUCUUGGCUAAAAAAAGAAACGCAGCCAAUUUAAUAUUAUUUUAUAUAUUUACAUAUAUUUACCUCACUUCUUAUCCGAGCUAUAUAAUAAAAAGCUUUUUUAUACUUCA